UCAUUCUUUCAUGCUCCUUUCUGAUGUAAGUAUUUAGAUAGUCAAAACUCCACACAAGACUUCAACAGCAAAAAUACAGCUGAAAUGUAAUAAUUAUUUCAAUUUAAAAUUGGAUACUGUUUGUAGUGGUGUAUUAACAAUUUUCCUUCAUUUUUACUACUUUUGCUGCAUUUAAAUGAGGUGCUGCUCUUUAGCUUUUGUGUUUAUAUAUAGGUGCACGUUGGAAUUUAUUUGUAUAUAUAUUUUUUGAUAUACGGAGAGAAAAAUGACUGCUGGUUCAGUGUGUGUCCCUCAGAUCAUACCACUGCGAGUGCCUCUGCCUGGAAAAGCUAGCCAUGAAAUUGAUAACAAUACACUUUUGGAAAUGAAAUCGGACACCCCAGAUGUCAAUAUAUAUUAUACCCUGGAUGGCAGCAAACCUGAAUUUCUAAAGAGAAUUGGUCAUGGUGAAAAUAAUACAUUUAAGUAUAUAAAGCCUAUUACUCUGCCUGAUGGAAAAAUACAAGUUAAAGCUAUUGCAGUCUCUAAAGACUGCAGGCAGAGUGGAAUUGUAACAAAGGUGUUUCAGGUGGACUAUGAACCACCAGAUGUUUCCUCUGAAGACAGUGUUGAAAAUGUUCUCAAAAGCUCUUCAAAGCAGGAAUUACAAAAUGGAUUCAUUGGAUCAAAACUAAGGAGGAAAUACAAGAAUGCUGGAAACAAACCUAGUUGUAAUGUUAAUCUUAGCAAGUUUCCAGAGAGUCCACUGGAAGGAUCAGGUUCCAGACCCCCCACUCACCAGUCCCAGUCUCCUGGUUUUGCACACAUGAUUGGUCAGAAGCGUUUGACAAGCACAGAGAUUAUGAGAAUUCAAAGGGAGACAGAUUUUCUCAGGUGUGCCCACUGCCUUACCCCCCGCCCAUCUGAUCCCUUUGCUCGCUUCUGUCAAGAAUGUGGCUCUCCUGCCCCGCCCAUAAUUGGCUGUCGUCUCCCACCCCCGGAAGGAGCUCAGAUGGGCUUAUGCACAGGGUGCGGAAGCAUGGUGCCCAUGAACACCCCCAUCUGCGUGGUGUGCGAGGCCCCGCUUGCUCCACAGCUGCAGCCAGCGGCCAGCCUCUGCUUGAAGGAGAAGGUCAUUUGCCGGGCCUGUGGCACAGGGAAUCCUGCUCACCUGAAAUACUGUGUCACCUGUGAGGGGGCCCUGCCUUCAUCACAAGAGCCGAUGUGCAGUGGAAAUAAAUCCCCUCCUCUGUCCACUGGAAAGAAAGGGAGCAUUUCCUGCUCUGAGUGUGGUCGCCUGAACCCCUGGGAGGCAUCCUUCUGUGCCUGGUGUGGAGCUAUGCUUGGCAUUUCUGCUGGUUUCUCUCUUUGUCCUAAAUGUGGAGCCAGCAAUCACCUGUCUGCCCGAUUCUGUGGUUCCUGUGGUAUUUAUGUGAAGUCCUUAGCAAGACUUAGCUGGGACAGCAGCCUGGCUCUCGUUGCUGGGGAACGCCACCCUUUUCCUGAGUCCCUAAACAUUCCUUUGCCCAAAUCUGAUGCUGGAACAAAGAAGGAUGUAGGCACACAGACCACUGGCCUAUUCUACCCAUCCGGCAGGCUGCUGGAGAAGAAGGAGCUGGAAGUGACUUCUCAGAAGCAGAGGCAGGAGAAGCUGCGUGACCACAGACCCCUCCUCACAGCCAUCAGCCCAGGGAGAGGAUACUGGAGAAAACAACUGGAUCACAUCUCUGCCCACCUCAGGUCUUAUGCUCAGAACAACCCAGAAUUCCGGGCCUUGAUUGCAGAACCCAGGAUGGGAAAGCUUAUUUCUGCUACUGUCCAUGAAGAUGGUUAUGAAGUUAGCAUCAGGCUGAAUUAUGUUCAAGUCUCAAAUAAGAACCUUUACCUGAACAAAGCAAUGAAUUUCAGCAACCACUUUCUUAGCAGCGCCACUGAGGGUGAUGUUGGGCGGGACGUCAGCAGGUCUAGCUGGGUGAGUGACUACAGCCAGAGUACCUCAGAUACCCUUGAAAAAAUCAAGAGAAUAAGGAAUUUUAAGACAAAAGCAUUUCAAGAAAAGAAGGAGCCACUUACACUUGAAAACCGGCUCCUGCUGAAAGAGGUGGGACCAGCUGGGGAAGGAAGAGUCUCUGUGAUUGAGCAGCUGCUGGAUGAAGGAGCAGACCCCAACUGCUGUGAUGAAGAAGAUCGACCCGUUGUAACCUUAGCUGCUAUGAAUAAUCACCACGAAGUGAUUCCAGUUCUUGUGCAGAGAGGAGCAGAUGUCGACCAGCAGUGGGGACAGCUCAGAAAUACAGCUCUUCACGAGGCAACUCUGCUUGGCCUGGCAGGAAGGGAGAGCAUCGCCACUUUACUGGGAUGCAAUGCGAACACCCACAAGACGAAUAUGAGAGGCCAGACAGCGUACGACCUGGCCCUGGACCUCGGGAAUGAUCUCCUCACCUCGCUGUUUGCUGCCAAGUACAGCCAAGGGCCAGAGGGCCAAGUCACCCAGCACAGGAGCCACAGCCUGGAAAACUGUUAG